CCCGCUCCAAAGCUCCUUCCCCAACUCCCAGUCGCAAAGGCCGCGGCUCUCUGGGCCUCAACCCCCAGGUGCGGUGGCCUUCUCCUGGCGCCCUCCAGGGCACACACCCGGCUGGCCCCAGGCAGCAGCCUCGUCCUCCUUCAGUCCUCCACCCCAGUGCCUGGCAUAGAGCAGGUGGGUCACUGCCCACUGAUUAAAAACUUGCCUGGACUGUGUUUUCCAUUUCUUCAGGAUGCACCUUCCCCUCUAGGAGACAGUAAAUUGGUGUGGAAAGUAGUGUUUGGUCCUCUGGACCUUUCAGUGUCUCUGAAACGUUCAUGGGGCCCUUGCCUUGCCAGUUUGUGGGGUUGAGCCUGUUUUCAAAUGGAGCGCCUGUUUUGAGUGAUUAAAAGCAGAGUUCGUGACCCUGCUUUAUAGGUUCCAGAUAAUUCAUCCUAUUUUUCUAAUUUGCAUUUUAUUUUCCUAUCUGAUACUAUCUCCUUCGUCACCGCAGACCUUAAUUUCCUAACCUUCUGUCCGUUAGAUCUGUGUGCUGUUGUCUAUGCCCCACCCUAUUCGUUUUUUUGUCUGGAUUGCCCCUUGUUUUUGGUUGAUUUUACAUCGUUACCCCCACCCUACCCUCACAGUCCCUUUAUUCUGCUUUCCAAAUAUUUUUUACACCUCCUUUAGAUGGGAAGCCAAAGUUCAUGCUUUUUAAAAGUCAAUGUUGUACCUUACCCAUAAAUGUGCCUGUUCCACAACCUGUAUAGGAUUUUAAGGAAACAAGCCAGCAAAAUGGGGAGAAGAAAUGGUGAGAACUGCGGCACCAACCUGCGUGUGUCAAACAUCCCUCAUGAGAAUUUAUCUCACUGGAAUUUGGAUUCAGAAGUACCUGAUCCUGAAAAUAAAAACCUCCCACCUGGAAGGGAUAGUGCAGCAGGUGGCAAAAGUAACAAGAACCAUUUGGAAAUUCCAGUAGAGCAACUGAUGCUAGAGCUUAAUUUGUCAGAGAAUGCUCACAAAAGAACACAGACUAGGAUAUGUCAGUUAUGGAGUUAUCCUCUUAACAAAGGAAGUACCAUGGAUAACAGGGAUUUCAAAAAACCUUCUAUGGAAAUUGGCUUUAAUACAACCAACAAUCCCAUAAAGUUCUUCACUCUGAACCACUCACUAACAAGUGCUCCAGUUGAUAAGCAAGUUGGUUCUUACUCUGAACUGCCGACAUCAGUAGGUCUCUGCUGGCCCUAUGCCGACGGAGACUUUUUUAAAGACAGAAAUGAGGCUCAUGUUAAUUUAUGUUCAACUAUAGAAAACAACAAUGGUGAAACUUUAUCUGCUCCAAAUUGGAAUUUGAAAUAUGGAAACAGCAGUGUAGAAGAAAAUUUAACAGAUGAAAGUGAUUUAUCAGAAAAUGAAAAGGCAAGUGAUACUUUACUCAGCUAUUUUAAAAAGAUGGACCUGAACUUAAAGCCAGAAACAAUAGAAAAUGUUGAAGAAUCUUUCACAGAAGAACCAAGUGAAGUAUUUCCAUAUCCUGAUUUUCUUCCUCCUCCUUUCAAUACUCUGGACUUGCACAAAUUAGCUGUCUCAAAAUCUGAAAAUUGGAAAGCAACAGUAGAAUCUCCAGAAAGCUGUAUUGAACAUUUGAUAACUCGUUUAUUGGAAUUGGAACGAUUACAACAUACGACUAUACAAAAAGAGAGGCCAAGAUUACCAACUACCUUCUGUAUUCCAGCAGUUACUGAACGACCCUCUUCCUCCAAAACUAUACCAAAACCAAGACAGCCAAAACUUUCUGACUCUGUAAGUCUUCAGACAACUUGUGUAGAUAAAACUAGAGAAAAAAGAAAAAAUAAUUCUGGUGCUUACAAGCUUGAACAAAAUGCUUCAAAAUGGAAUUGGAGCACUGCUGGCAAAUAUAAGUGGAAUUCUAAACCACCAUCUCUAAAAGGUUCAUCCACAACAAAACAUUUGAUGGCAACUUAUGAUGCUUUCAAGAAUCCCAAAAGUUCCAUUUUAAAUCCAUGCCAAGAACUCUCAACCAAUCCUACUACUGCCCAAACAACUCAAUCACUGGUUAAAGUGGUCUCAGCAAGACCUUGUCUGCCACCAAGGUCUCUAAUACCAGUUUCACCCAUAAAUUUGUCUUUUCCUGAAAAUCACACAGAAGAAAUCAAGGCACCAAGGACCAAAAAGAAACUUUACCGAAAACACAUAGCAUUGAACAGAUCAUUCUAUAUUCAAAAGCGAUACUGUUUAUCACCUUCAUUUAUAGCUAAGGGUAAGUGCUCACCCAUUGAGCAAAAAUAACAUUUCCCCCUAUGCGCCUCAAUGUGAGCAAAUUUAUCAUAAGAAGCCUAGCUGAAAAUGGUUCAUCAUUUCGAGAUGCAGGUAUUAAACAUGCACAGGCACACAAAUUACUUGAUGUGCUCAUGGAGUGGAACUUAUGGAAACCACUGCUGAGAUCAGUCUAUGUAUCAACCCAAGGUAACAUAGUAGACAACCUUUUUGCAUGUUAUAUUUCAAAAUGUUUUACUUAGUAAACUGUUCCACUCAAAAGAUCUUUCUUUUGUUGUGAUUGUUUCCUGGUAUAAUU